AAUUUGGGGUCUGUGACACUGCUUAUCGCGCUUUAUGUGAUGAUGUCCGUUUUUGGGGCUUCAAUCUUGGGAUUUUGGUUUUGAUUAGUCAGGAUUUUUGAGGAUUUCAGCAAUCAUUUGGUCAUAUGGUGAUAGGUAGCCAAUGCAGCAAUUGGUGAUUUUGGGAGAAGAAGAGAAAAAGAGUGAAGAAGACAACGACGACGACGUCAUGGGGCUAUGGUCUACUUUUACAGGAAUGAAAGACUCUGAUCUAGAUGAUGUGCUGAGGUUGUCUGGUAUGAAAUUAGGUGCUUUUCCUUUUAGAUACUUGGGAAUUCCUCUGCUGUCUACAAAGCUGAAUUCAGUUCACUAUAGACCCCUCAUUGACAGCAUCUCCAAUCUGCUCAAGAGCUGGCCAGGCCACACGUUAUCUUAUGCUGGCAAGCUUGAGAUUAUUAAUUCUGUUGUACAGGGCAUGGAAUGCUUUUGGCUUGCGAUUUUCCCGAUUCCUCUGAAUAUUUUGAAGCAUGUAGUUAAACUUUGCAGAGUUUUCCUGUGGGGUGGAAAAAAAAGGUCUCUUGUGGCCUGGAAGGAGGUAUGUUUGCCGAAAGUUGAAGGUGGUCUUGGUAUACUUGACCUAAAAAAUUGGAACAACACCCUCUUAACAAAGACUCUUUGGAAUAUUCACUCAAAGAAGGAUAGCUUGUGGACAAAAUGGGUGCACCACUACUACUUGAAGGAAACCGAGAUCUGGGAUGUCUCUCCAAACAAAGGAGAUUCAUGCCUUUUCAAGAAGAUAAUGGAGUUGAAAAACCAAAUUGUGCUGAAAGCUGGUAGCAUUGAUCUAGCUAUUGAAUUGAUGAACAAAUGGGGAAAUAAUGCAAAAAAAAUCUAUGAGUUCUGGAGGGAAAAAAACCAUAGAGUUCCAUGGGUGAAAGGGGUGUGGUUCAAUGGGAGCUUACCUAAACAUGCCUUUUGUCUUUGGUUUGGAGUUAAAGGAAAACUACCUACUUGUGAUAGACUACCAGUGGAAGGAAUUGAGCAGAGUUGUGUGUUUUGUAAGGAAGAGUUGGAGACACAAGAUCACUUGUUCUUCAAAUGUAAAUUUUUGGAAGAAGUGUGGAGAGAAAUUAAAGGGUGGAUGGGCCUAAGGCGAUCUAUGUCUACCAUUAAGGCUGCUACCAAAUGGAUCCAUAAAGAAGUGAAAGGUAAUGGUGUCCAUGCAGCGGGAAAAAGAAUUGCUCUUGCUACGACGGUGUACUUUAUAUGGCACUUUAGGAAUAGAUAUAGAUUUGAAAAUCAUGUAAUCUCCCCUAUAGAGUUAGUAAUUGUGAUAAAAAAAUGUCUAUAGGGCUGUUUUUGAUAAAUUUGAUAUGUAUCUUGUUUGAUUUGCUUGGAGUGUUGUACUUGGAUUGAUUUUGUUAGCUACAAAGGAUUGGCCAUGAUUGGUCUCCGGGUAUGCCCGGGUUAUGAUGUACAUUGUUUGGCUUGGGAAUGCCCAGUGUAUUUGUAAGUAUUCUUUUGAUCAAUAUAUUUUACCCCAUUUUGAUAAAAAAAAAGUUGGAGGUGCAUAAAUAUCA